CAAGGGUGCUACUCUCAGAGCACCCAAACAUGCACCCCCUCCAUCUGGCGGUCCAGGCCCCCUGGGCAAAAUGUCCCCAGAAGAACCAGGAGAAUGAGCGGCCUCCUCAGCGGAGCAAAAAAAAAAAAAAAAGGUGCAACGCCCUCAGCGGGCCUGGACUCAGAGAGAAGUCUGCAUUGCAGGAGAACGGGACAACUUCCUCCGCGAGGCCAUAGAGGGGAGCGAAGUUCUCCGCAAGGCCAGGGAGAGGAGUGAGGUUCUCCGCGAGGCAAAAAGGAGGAACAAUGCUCUCCGUGGAGCAUGAGGGGGGAACGAUGUCCUCCGUGGAGCAGGAAGGGGGAGUGACAUACGGCGCGCAGCAAAGAAGAGGAACAAUGUCUUCAGCGGAACAUGGAGGCAGAGCGACAUCCUCCGUAAAGCAGGAUGGCAGAGCGACGACCUCGGCCGAGCAGGAAGGCGGAGCGACGACCUCGGCCGAGCAGGAAGGCGGAGCGACGACCUCGGCCGAGCAGGAAGGCGGAGCGACGACCUCGGCCGAGCAGGAAGGCGGAGCGACGACCUCGGCCGAGCAGGAAGGCGGAGCGACGACCUCGGCCGAGCAGGAAGGCGGAGCGACGUCCUCGGCCGAGCAGGAAGGCGGAGCGACGUCCUCGGCGGAGCAGGAAGGCGGAGCGACGUCCUCAGCAGAGCGGGCAGGCUGAACAAGAUCCAUAAUAGGGGAGGGAGGGUGGGAGAUGGUAUUAGCCCCGACCACAGACUCCCCCUCCUGUUGGCGUGGCAUGGCAUAGUCCUUCAUCAACAUGGGAGGGCAUAAUAAACACCUAUUUUGAUUGAGUAUCUGGACUCUCUCAACUUCUUCAAGGUGGAAUUUUCACCACCAGAAAUGUUCCGGUUCAUCCGGGAUAGCGAAGGGUUGCUUGGGCAAGGAGGAGCGGAGGGGCAGAGGAAAAGGAAAGGAAUUAGGUAACCCAGUGCCUAGUCCUCUUCUGAUAACAAGACAGUGGAUGCGGGCUAACGCCUUUCCAAUAUCUAGGUAACCUGAACGCCCAUGUGGUUGAAUAUUCAGGAGAUGAUUUAACACUGCUGUGUAGAAUUGUAAUAUUUAACAUCUAGAAUGAGGAUCCCUGAACACCCAUAUGGUUGAAGAUUGAGGGGAUGCAUGGAAAGGGGUAAGGAAUCCCUUUCAAUGUCCUCCUACCUAUCUAAAUGAUUUUUUUUUGUUGCAUUAUUGAACAAGAAAGCUUACCAUUGUGCCUACUGUUGAAUUAGCUAUCUACUCUAUCUCAAAAUCCUAAAGACGAUUUGUAUUUGGCAUUGUAGGUGCAGUUUGCUCACUCCUGCAAGGCGCCGCAAGGGGCCUACGUGAAACUCUUGCAGGAGAACCAUCUCAACUGAUAAAACCUCUGUUUAAACAACACCCAGAUGAUAAAGACAAUCAGAUGAAGUAUUGCUAACCCCUCUCUCUGAUUAUCCCACAGCACUCCUACAUGGUUUAAAACCACAAGGGGCAGAAGAUAGAGAUCAGAAUUAUGAAGAUCAAUUUCGACUGGAUUAUUUUUUACGUUGGGAGGUCGGAUAACGUAAUCAUUUGUUGUGUACUUCCCGGGGGACUUUAACUUAUUCCUGUCCUACGCUGUAAUUUUUACAGACUGCAUGUUCUUAUGUCUGGAAAGACCUUGCUACAAAAGGACCUGAGGAAAUAAACCUUGACCUGACAUGUUGGUAAAGUGCUCACGCUUUUCUUUCGUCUUUUACAGAAACAAAAUCGAACAGAAAUCGAAUUCGGAACAGUCAUUUCUAGACAACACUUAAACUGAGUUUUCAGAAAAGCAAGGCUUCUUGUGGUUUUAGGUAAGUUACUGAGAUCCUAGCACAGCUACACUAAAUAUUAUGGACAGGUAAUCUAUUAAUGAUCAAGCACAACUUGUCCAACUAUAAUUCCUAAAACAAGUGCCUAUGAUAAAGGUCAAAAUAAUCCAUUUCUGUUAAAUAUGAUGUGUAUAUGGUACUUGAGGAUUUUUUGCUACAACGUCCAUGCAUACAUUUUGAAGACACUACCAUCUCUGUGAUUUAUACAGAGCUUAUCUUUCCUAAUCAUUACAGACAUCCUCCUAGUAAAAUUACUUAAUAGACAUGUGCCCAGAAAUCCUAUUCUGUCUUAAAAGUAAUUACGUUUACAUGCAUCAUUGCAUAAUUAUAAAUCAGGUUCUCAACAGAAGCCCCUUCUGACUCUGAAUCAAUU